CUGCAGAGCAAUAUUGACCAUGUUUCUGUUGAGUUCGUGCCAAAUUCUGUUAAGUUUAAUUAUUAUUUCUCUUUUUGUGAUAUAUUCACUACGAAAGAAAUGGAGAAACGGAAGGAAACAACAGGAAAAUGAUUCGACAUCGAACAAAUAUGGAGAGAAUUCGUCUGUAUCUGGAGAAAAUAAAGACAACGGCCAGGAGUUAAAAAAGAGUCUUCCGACUAUGUCCAUUUUACCAUUUUUGUGGAAUAUUGUAUUUUCUCAAUGUGACAAACAAUACCACGAUUCAUACAUCGGCAUUUUGAAUACAAAUCUCUCUACCGGACUUCCUAUGCUAUUUACAAACGAGAAAGUCGUCUGUAUAAACAUAUUUGGAUAUAAAUUAAUUUUUUUCUUACAUCCAGAAUCUGCAAAGGAAGUGUUACGAAGCAACAGUUUAACAAAUAGGGAUUCUGUCCAUGAUUUCUUCAAGCCACUUUUCGGAGACAACAGUUUUCUGUACAGUUCUGACGAUGAUUGGAGAAGAAGAAGAAAAUAUUUCGCUCCACAUUUUCAUCUUCGGAAUCUGAAAGAUGAUCAAAAUGUAUUUAUGGAGCAUUCAAACGUCUUAGUGGAAAAACUCAAACAAUUGCAGAAGAAUGAAAUAUUCGAUAUCCUGGAAUGGAUGAAAUAUUGCACACUCGACAUCAUUGCAGACAUUGCAGUAGGAGUUUCUCUACAUUCUCAGACUACGAACGAUCAGGAAUAUAUGUCUGCAAUGCGCAGCGAGAUCAUGCCCUUAUUAGCAUUAGGAUCUCUGCUUGCAUCUAUGUUAAUCACUCUAGGAUUGUUAGGCCCUAUAAUGUUGGGCCUAAGCUGGGAACUCAUCACUGACAUGCUAAAAGACAUCACUGCCCAGAAUUUUGUUGUCAGUAACAGGGCUGCAACUGUAAAAGUCGUUGAUGACAUCAUCGAUAAAGUUAAUCUUGCUUGUGAUACUCACAUACCCAGGAAAUGCAGAGGGAGGCCGCCUGAUCCCUGGUGGACUCUUCAACUGACACAGAUGAGAUUCAUCAAUAACAAUUAUCUACACAGAUAUCAAGUCUGUCAUCUGACACUAUCUUCAUUUGAUCCCUGCACAUUAUUGUACAUAUCAUUAUUCGUUCUGUUGUAA